GUUACUAAACCUUCUCCCCGUAACCCCAGAGACUAAUACCGCGGGCGGGACACUGCGAGUCUCUCUCCAUCGGUGCCGGGUCUCUCAGUGGCUGCACUAGAACCGUGUCGCAAGGGCGGCUGAGCGGAAGUUUUCUCGGUUUCAACACCUGUGGGAGCCCCGCGGGCUGACAGAAGGGCAGCGGGGGAGGCGUGUGCGCUGGGCAGGAGCAGUGGGCUGGCGCCACUCAUUUCCUAGGGUGAGGAGGAACUGGAUUUUUAGCAGCAAUCUGCAGCAGUAGCUGCCAGCUAAAUUGAGAUUCCCACUGAAUAUCCAUGUCAGCACUCAGACUGGUUUGGUUGAAGCAGAAUUUUAAUAUUGUCACGAUGCUACAAAGCACACAUCAAAGGAAAUGUAGUAGGUAAGGAAAAAUAGGAAAUAUUGGACAUUCGCCAGUGAAAGGUAUUUGGUAAUGUAAAAUGGAGCAAAGGAUGAAAUGAAGUUGAAUCAUAAUAUCAAAAAAAAGGAAUGAAAACUUGUUGGGAAAACAUCAGCAGAUUUUGAUCUACCAAAACCAAACAUCAGCAUUAACUGUCGGAGUGUUGUACAAGGAAAUUAAGGAACUAGGCAAUCCUGAUGACCCUGUAGGGAAUUUGGAUUCCUCCAUGUGCACCAAAAGGACGAUAAUAACAAGAUCGCACUCUAAAUCAUACCAACGUAAACAUCACUGACUUAAGAAUCAAGAGAGCAAUACGUGCCCCAGGGUGACAAUGGUUUCAACAAAGGCAUUAAUCACCAAGACAACAGAGCAGUCCUGUAUCCCAGCAGGUGAUAUGAAUUUCUAUUGCUGAUACCAGCUAUAACCUUCACAACAUUAGCAAAAACUUUAUGAUGAAGGAUGCGAAACACUGCAAUUCAAGAUGUUGACUCAAAAUUAUGCCUUUUGAAAAUGAUGGGGGAAGAAGGACCUCAAGUAUUGAGAGCAGAAGGAGGAGGAGUUGAAGAAAGCCUCUCAAGCCUACUCCACCAUUCUAUAUCAUAAAUGAAUUAUCCUUUCCACUUCAUCUAAACUCCAUAGUCCAAAGUUACCUUCAUAGUCCAAAGUUCUAUUGAUCUUAACUUUGAAUGUAAUAAAACACUGAAGAUCUACAACCCUUCAUAUGGUGAAUUCCAGAGAUUUACAGCUUCUGAGUAAAGAAAGCUUGCUAUUUGGCUAUUGUCUCCAUGUUCUGUAAUCCUACGCUUUCCAGGCAGACAAAAUAACCCUCUGGCAUCUACCUCAGAACUUUUUCUCUAUUUUUGUCAGAUUGCUCAUAAUUCUCCUGCUAAAUUCCAGUGAGGAUUGUCCCAUCCUUCUCAAUGUGUCCACAAACAGAUUGGGAGAGCUGUCCUACUCUGGACAAUUCCAUCCCUCCUCCCAAGGGCUCAAUCCUCUUUAAGGUAUAAAAAUUGAAACCAUACAAAAUAAAGGUGUGGUCUUAUCAAAGCUCUCUACAUUUUAUCUAUUACUGGCUGCACCUACAUGCAAAUAUUUUUGUUUCAUAAUGCUCUGUUCCAACAUUUAUUAAUUUCUCACCAUCUAAAAUAUGCAAACCUCACAAUUGCCCUGAUAUUACCGCAUUUGGCCUUUCUCUUGUCCACUCACUUUAGUUGUCUAAGCCUCUUUGCAGACAUUUUGCAUGUCUGCAGCUUGCCUUUCUGUUUAUCUUUGUAUUCAGCAGAUUAAUUGCAGGGGUGGAGGAGAAACUAUAGAAGACCUGUUUUAUGGCUGGACCUGUGCCAUCAUUAGGGUGUAUCUGAACAGAGGGGUCAGAGUUUAUCAGUAACAAUUAGGUAAAGCCAGGGGAAGAAAUGUCGUAUUAAUAUUAUGAAGACCUGUAGCACCAAGUCGAGAGCCUGAAGAACAGGGAAAGAGAAGAUGUUUUGGUGUUAUAGGAAAGUUAAUUGGCUGAAUCUAAGCUUCAAGUUGGUACAUUCACUUCACAAAGGUCAAAGACGUCAGCCAAUAUUCCUCAAGAAUGGCCCCUGAAGAGAAUUGGAAGCAGCAGUGCCCUUUCAUGAAUAAAUGCUUAGAACUAAGGAAUACUACAAAGACUCAUUUCUGGUUUAAGUUGUCCAUAUGCCUUUUGAUUUCACUGAAGUUGGUUACUUUGAUGACAUUAAUGCUUUACUACAGCUACAAAGGUGAUGCACAAUUUCAGGCUGUGAAGUACAAGAUGGCCAAUCACAUCAAGUGCCCAGCCACUGACAUCAAUUAUGGGAGAAAUGUUUCCUCUCUUACUGAAAGUAAUACAACUAUUUUCUUUGUGGAGACCUCCAAACGAACCAACCCAACAUUUCUGACCAUGUGUUCUGUGGAAUCUGCUGCAAGGUCUCACCCAACAACCAAAGUUGUCUUUUUUAUGAAGGGGCUUACAGCGAGAAGUAGUACACAAGCCCUAGGAAUUUCUCUAUUGAACUGCUUUCCGAAUGUUGAGAUCAAGCCAAUAGAUUUAAAUGAGAUUUUUGCAGAUACUCCAUUGUCUUUCUGGUAUUCGCAACUGAACCCAUGGUGGCAACCCUAUCUCAUAACAACUAUCGCUGAUGCCACCAGGCUUGCCAUAAUGUGGAAAUAUGGUGGAAUUUACUUGGACACUGAUAUUAUUGUUCUUAAAAAUCUGCUAAAUCUCACCAAUAGCAUUGGGAGAGAACAACGAUAUUUAGUAAAUACAGCCUUUUUGGCUUUUAAUCAGCACCAUGACUUUAUUGGCCGUUGUUUGAAGGACUUUGUUGAACACUUUAAUGGCUGGAUCUGGGGUCACCAGGGGCCUCAGUUGGUAACUAGAGUUCUUAAAAAGUGGUGUCGAACGAACAGUGUAACCAAGAUACAACAAUGCAAAGGAGUGAAAAUGCUAUCUCCUGAGGCUUUUUAUCCAAUCCGUUGGCAGGACUGGAAAAAGUACUUUGAGGUAGUAAGUAAGUCAGAGGCUCAAGAGUUACUGAAGAAUUCUUAUGCCGUGCAUAUAUGGAACAAAAAGAGUCAUGGAACUGGAUUUCGGACAGGAUCCAAAGUGAUGAUUGACCAGCUCAGCUCAGUCUACUGUCCACUCUCAUACAAAAUAAUGAGCUGGCAAGAAAAUGUAUAACACUGAUAAGAAAUUAUUAUUACUUUAAGGACAUUAGUAUUCAAAUCAGAUUUAAAAUUUAAACCAAAAUGAUGCAUUUGAUUGCAGGUGAAAUCUGCAAGGUUGACCUUAGGUAUUUUUCAAAGUUGUGUUCCAUUUGUUGUUUUCCUGUCUAUUAAUUGAUUGCCCGUUAAUCUCGUGUGUGUAACUUUGGCAAUAAAUGGUAUACCUCGGCAAAACUAAAUUUGGUGUUUAAGAAGAGCUUCAAAUAUUUGAGACAUUUCAAACUCAUUGACAAAUUUUAAUGCUUUAAUGAAUGUCUUUACCUGGAUUUUGAUACUGAGCUUGCAGUUUCUUGUGUGCUUAACUUGCAGAGCAUGUGAAGUAAUCCACAAAUCUAUCUCGUGCUUUAUUAUAAAAUGUCUUAAUACCCACUACUUUCUUUUGGGUAGAGAAUCACAAAAAUUCUUCCACAUUUGUCUUAAAUAUGCAUUUCUUAACACUGAAAUGAGCUUCCUUGUACUUCAUUCCCCUGCUGGGGAAGGUAUCCUCACACCACCACUUGUUUAAACCCCUUCAGAAGCUUAUGGGUCAAUGAAAUUGCCUCUCAUUCUUUUAAACUCCAGUGACUAUAGGCUCAACCUUCCCUUGUAAGGUAACCCUUUAUACCUAUAAUCUAUCUAGUGAACUUUCUCCCUACUAUCUCCAAGGCAGGUGAGGUUUCACUAAAAACCUCUAUUUUUCACUAAUAAUAAACUUUUACUACUUAAGUCCUCCAUAGACUUUGCAAUAAAGACCAACUUUCCAUUUGCUGCCUUAGUUACUUGUUUAUCUGUACACAGCUUUGUCUCUCUUGAACAUGGACACUAAGAUGACUCUAAAUGACAAUAUUUAUUCAUCUUGUGUUUUUAAAUAACUAUUCUUUGUCCUACUGUAAGGAGAGAAUUACAUUUUCCACAAGUCAUUUGAUUCCUCCAUAGGUUCAAAAGUGUGAGACACAAAAUGGUAUCAGCUUGGAAUAUGGGGAAUGUUUUAAGAACAUUCCAGAGUCCUGGUAUCCAGCCUUGAGAGUUGAUAAUGGUGAAUGAAGCCUGCAAAAACCUUAAGUCUCUGUCUUAAAGUUAUGUGCCUAGGCCGAAGUUCACUAGAGAUAAAGAUACAGCCUCGUACCAUGGUAACAUGCCGGGGUUGGGGGUUUUGAAAGGUAUAAAAGAGAGGCUGCUACUUUGUGCAAAUCAGAAUCUUGCUUUAGGCUGGAGUUACGACCAGUGCUAAGAGACAGAUUGAUGCAAGGCAGAGAGAGAAAACUGUAGAAGAGGUUGUUGGACACUUGGGGUUCACUCCAGCAUUGUAUUAGAUUAGUUUAUUGAUUGAUUGGUUAAUAAGUAUUCUUUCCUUCUGUAUUUUAGUGGUGGUUAAUGAGUCGUCUUUAUAUAACCCGAAUAAAAUAGUUUUUUUAUAUAACCUUCAACACCUGUAUAGUACAUUUUGUUUGCAAAUACCCAUUGCUGCUGAAUCAGGAAAGAACAAGGAACUAGUUUUAAACUAUUUCGUUACACCUACCAAAGUAGA